UUUGUAUUUUUAUGAAUUCCAUUGUUAUUUUUUUUUGUCAAAGGGAUUCUUUUCGGGUAUUUUGGAAAUAUACUCUGUUAUGUGUUUUGAAGGAUUGAAAUUCUAAGACGCUUUUGAUUUCAGCUCUUUUCCUUCAAAUUAUGCUUUUAUACUGAAUUUCAGAAUAUAAAGAGAUGGGUAGCCAAGCCCCUGCAACUAAUGAUCGUACGAGGACAUACUGGACACCUACAAUGGAGCGGUAUUUCAUUGAUCUUAUGCUGGAACAGAUGCAUAGAGGAAAUAGGGUUGGUCACACAUUCAGCAAACAAGCCUGGACUAACAUGCUUACCAUCUUCAAUGCAAAAUUCGAAUCUCAUUAUGACAAAGAUGUCUUAAAAAGUCGUUAUACAAACUUGUGGAAGCAAUUCAACGAUGUUAAGAAUCUUCUUGGCCAGAAUGGGUUUUCUUGGGAUGAAUCUCGACAAAUGGUGGUAGCUGAUGAAUAUGUCUGGAAUGCCUACAUCAAGGCUUACCCGGAUGCACGAUCCUACAGGAUGAAAGCAUUGCUGAAUUUCAAUGAUUUGUGCUUGAUAUAUGGGUACGCAACUGCUGAUGGAAGAUACAGUCGAUCUAGUCAUGAUUUGGACUUUGAUGAUGAAGUCCAAGGAUUAAAUAUGGGUGAUGCAAUGGGUAGUUUCCCCUCCACCAAUAAUGAACGUCCAAGAACUGAAUGGAACGCUGACAUGGACCAAUAUUUUAUUGAGCUUAUGCUUGACCAAGUAGGAAGAGGCAACAAGGUUGAUAAUACAUUCAGUAAACAAGCAUGGACAGACAUGCUUGCUUUAUUCAAUGCAAAAUUUGGUCAUCAACAUGGCAAGAGGGUUUUGAGACAUAGAUACAAGAAACUGUGGAAGUACUACAGUGAUGUGAAAGUUAUUCUAAAACAAAGUAGCUUUACCUGGGAUGAAACAAAGCUAAUGGUUAUAGCCGAUAAUGAAGUUUGGGAUGCUUAUAUAAAGGCACAUCCUCAUGCUCGAGCAUAUAAAAUGAAAACCCUUCCGAACUACAACGAUUGGCACCUAAUAUAUGGCGAAGCAAUUGACGAAGGAAGUCCUGAUAAAUUGGCUCAGGAAUGUGACAUCUCCAAUACAACAGCUGGUGAUAGGAAGGGAAAUGUGACUAGUGAUCGUACAAGAACAUUUUGGACUCCACCAAUGGAUCGAUAUCUCAUUGAUUUGUUGUUAGACCAGGUCCAUAGAGGGAAUAAACUUGGACAGACAUUCUUAACACAGGCUUGGGUUGACAUGGUUACGUUAUUCAAUGUCAAAUUUGGUUCUCACUAUGAUAAGGAUGUUCUCAAGAACCGACACAAACAUUUCAGGAGACUGUACAAUGACAUAAAGAUUCUGCUUGAGCAAAGUGGAUUCUCAUGGGAUGAAGCAAAGGAUAUGGUAACAGCAGAAGACAGUGUUUGGAAUGCCUACAUCAAGUCACAUCCAGAUGCUCAAUCAUACAGAGUUAAAACUGUGCCAAGCUAUCCCAAAUUGCGUGUAAUAUUUGGGCUAGAAAAUUUUCAUGGAAGAUAUAACAGAUUGACUCCUCAAAAUGUGGGCACUGAUAACGAUGUAACUGUUUUAAUGAGCCAUAAUGGUGGUGGGAAAAAUGACUAUUUACUCAACAGUAUUCAUCAUAUUGAAUUUGAGUGGACAGCCCCAAUGGACCGUUUUUUUAUGGACCUUCUGUUACAACAGGUUCUGGAUGGGAAUAAGAUAAAUCAGGUGUUCAAUGAACAGGAUUGGGUUCAUAUGGUUGAUUCGUUCAGUGAAAAAUUUGGGCUUCAAUUGGACAAGAACGUAUUAGAAAGCCAGUACAUUUGCUUGAUGAAACAGUACAAUGAUAUUACUGAUCUUAUCAGUCAUAGUGGGUUUCUUUGGGAUGAAGAAAAGCAAAUGGUUGUGGCAAACAAUGACAAUUGGGAAGUAUACGUGAAGGAACACCCAGAUGCAGUCUCUUACAGGGAUAAAGUCUUGGGCAGUUACAGUGAUUUGUGCAAGAUUUUCAGGGAAGAAGUAUUAGAUGGAAUACCCUCUGAUCAGAUUCUAGAUGUGGAAACUGAUCAUUGUGCCUCAGAUACCAUUUUGGAUAGAGCAUUUGGAGACUUACAAACUCCAGGUGGGGACAUCAAUUUAUCUGAUCAACAAAGAAAGCGACCAACUGCAACAGCAGACAUAGAACGAGCAAGCAAGGCACAAAAAACCAAGCAGGAUAUGCAGAAGAUGCUGUCCAAGAUGACUGGUGUGGUCACAAGAUUAGCAAAUAAGAAUGAAAAUAAGAACCAUUCAACAAUAGAAAAUGCAGUUGAUGCACUUCAAGCCCUUCCUGACAUGGAUGAUGAACUUUUGUUGGAUGCCUGUGAUCUAUUGGAAGAUGAGAGAAAAGCAAAAACAUUUUUGGCAUUGGACGUUACAUUACGAAAAAAGUGGUUGCUUAGAAAACUUCGGUCAUAGUAGCAGCCUUUCAGAUGUUUAAAAUUUGAGAAUAUUUACAUUUCCUUUUU